AUGAGUCCAAAAGAAGCAGGGACCGGUACUAAGCGGUCGUACCACCCGGACCGAGUACGGCAUAUCAGAGAUAAUGGCGAAUACUUCUGUUAUGAAGAUAAUACCCCUACUUGUCGUCAUAUCAUGGAACCUAACGGCACUACUACGGCGGCAAAGAUUCGACCCGCGAAGAAGACGCGGCAAGAACUCGAGAAGGCUCAAGUUCGUUACCAAUUUGAUCCUGAUAAGAAGUUCAUCCCAAGAAGGCAAUAUGCGAAUAUUAUGACCCCCGAGCGGGUCCUUGAGAUUAUCUACGACCUGCCAUGUUUCCACAGUCAAACUCCUGAAUGGAAGCAGACUCUAGCUCAGAAUAUCUGCUUCGGGUCAGACGGCCAACGCCCCGCUCUUAAAACCUUCGGCGCGCUCAUUAUGAGCAAUUUGGAGCUCGAACACGACAUAAGCGAGCAUUUAAACAGUGGGCUCAAUGACAGUUGCCUGCCUUUGAGAGCAGACACUAGCGACGGCGCUGACAAACUUUACUGUGCAUGCAAAAAGGAGAACCACAUAAAAACCAUGAAUAGCGACGAAUACUCGCUUAGUGAGCGAGAAGGUUUCUUAAGAUGGGUCCGUCGUCUUACAGCACCGUAUGUUGCCUACCAACCGAAGCAACAUUCUCACUAUGUGCUAGAUCCUGGAAAUUGCAUCCCAAUCUCGGAUACCACAACCAGGAUCUUUUCGCCUGAACAUAAGAACUCUCGCACUAAGAAGAACCCUGACAACCCGGGCGAUAAUCCUGUAAAGGGGGGCUAUGGAGGAUUCAGCGAAGUACACAGAGUACAGCUUCAUGAUUGUCACUGCCGAUUGCCGGACACUGGGCUGAGACACUCUCGUGGUUUCUAUGCCCUAAAAAAACUUACAUCUCACAACCCCCUCGAUUUUGAAUUAGAACUGGCUUCUCUGCUCUUCUCUGCCGACCGAAAUGGUGGCAAGAGACACAUGAUACAAGUUCUAGCGACAUUUGAAGAGCGACUUGUUAACCAGUCAACUUUCUACUUCUUGUUUGAUUGUGCUGAGGGACCUCUGGAGUAUUUCUGGCGGCAGCAUGAAUACCUGGUAGGAGACAUGUCACAUUGCCGGUCAAUGUCUGAGCAAUUCCUAGGUCUGGGACAGACACUGGAGGCUAUUCAUAACGACCGCUUGGAUUUCCCCUUGCCCGACGAUGUGCCAGAGUUGAAGAAUAUACCAAACUUUGAGAAUAUAUACGGCAGACAUGGGGACAUUAAGCCUAGCAACAUACUGUACUUCCAGCCUUCGCAGGGAGAACCGAGGCUUGUCUUGGCCGACUUCGGGCUAGGCAGGCUACACACGAAGGUUUCUAGAUCAAAUCAAGACCCGAAACUUCUGAGUCGAACUGAAACCUAUCGCUCGCCGGAAUUUGAUCUCCCAGAUGGGCUCGUGGGCCCAAGAGCAGACGUCUAUAGUCUUGGUUGUGUUUUUCUCGAGCACAUCGGGUGGUUUCUUCUCGGCGCCGACUUUCCCGAUAAGUUUUCCGAUGACAGACUAAUGAAGGAUAUGUACGGCUUCGAGGUAGAUACCUUCUUCAUGCUCACUGACCGGAAAGUGGCUGUGAUCAAGCCUGCCGUGAAAAAGUGGAUAACGGAUCUAAAGGAAAACAAAGCUUGUAGUUGGUUUCUAUUUCAGAUGCUAGAGCUGAUCGAAGAUCAGAUGUUGGCAUGUGACAAAGAGAGCAGAAUCAGGGCCAGGCCUCUCGUGACGAAGCUCAAAGCUCUUCAGAGAGCGUGCCAGAGUUCGAAAACAUUUUACAUGAAAACAUGGAAGGACUGUGAGUGCCCUGUCAUCCCUGAAUCAGGCCGAUAA